AUGUCUCCCCCAACAAGUCCACAUCCCUCAGCAAGUCCUCAUCACCCAAACACCUCACGCGCGCGCAGUCUCAGAAGUGCCUCUGUCGAAGCGUCACCUCGUUCUCCUCAACAGAUUUUCAAUGAGAUCGUUGACCAAAUUCCGCAAAUCAAAGAGUUUACCGAACUUAUCUACGAAGACAUCGACCCGGAUGAUGGUUCCUUGCUCUGUUUAUCACUGGUAGAGGACAAACGCAUUGAAAGAAGAUGCGUAAGAAUCAAGGUCAUGCCGACUCGACUCCACGACGUCCACCAGCGGUGGGCUACAGCUGCUAUGGCGACAUGGGCUCUUAAUGGUCUCUUAAAUCAAGAUGAAGUUGACCUCCUUUGUGGUUCUGUCGGCUCGAGUAUGUACUACUUCUGCUAG